GAAUUUAAUCCAAGCACCACGUUGCUGUUAUGCUGAUGCAAGUUCAAUGAGUAAACGAGCAGCUGCGUUGGGCUGACACGUGCGAAAAUGACAGACUGUCAAGGAGAUGCUGCGAGAAGUCCAAUGGAGCUCUAUGAGAAACUGACAGCGCAGGGUGACAUAGUGAGGACUUUAAAAUCGACUAAAGCUGAAAAGGCUGAAAUUGAUGGCGCGGUCCAGUUACUGCUCAAGUUGAAAGUGGAUUACAAACGGGUUACGGGUCAAGACUACAAAGCAGGAUGUCCGCCAUCUGAAAAUUCACUUACCUCUGAAAACGGCUUAGACGGCAACGAUGAUGGUGGUGAUGAAGUUAACCCUUGGAAUGUCUCCACAAAUGACGCAAAGGGUGUUGAUUAUGACAAACUCAUUGUACGCUUUGGUAGCAGUAAAAUUGACCAAGCGUUGGUGGACAGAAUAGAGAAAGUGACAGGACAGAAACCACAUCACUUUCUUCGUCGAGGAAUAUUCUUCUCACACAGAGACAUGCAUCAAGUACUGGACACAUAUGAGAAGCACAAGCCCUUCUUCCUGUACACUGGCAGAGGUCCAUCAUCGCAGGCCAUGCAUGUAGGCCACCUCAUCCCCUUCAUCUUCACCAAAUGGUUGCAAGACGUUUUCGACAUUCCCUUGGUGGUUCAACUGACAGAUGAUGAGAAGUACCUGUGGAAGGACCUGACACUAGAGCAGUGCCACCAGUUUGCUGUGGAGAACGCCAAGGAUAUAAUCGCGUGCGGUUUUGACAUCAACAAGACUUUCAUCUUCUCCGACCUGGACUACAUGGGUGCAUCACCGCAGUUCUACAGGAAUGUAGUGAAGAUCCAAAAGCAUGUGACUUUCAACCAAGUCAAAGGAAUCUUUGGCUUUACAGACAGUGACUGUAUCGGAAAAAUCAGCUUCCCAGCCAUCCAAGCAGCUCCUUCCUUUAGUAACUCUUUUCCACACAUCUUUGGAGACAAAAAAGACAUUCAGUGUCUUAUCCCGUGUGCCAUAGACCAGGACCCCUACUUCCGAAUGACGCGCGACGUGGCUCCGAGAAUCGGCUAUCCCAAGCCGGCCUUGUUGCACUCCACUUUCUUCCCCGCCCUACAGGGAGCGCAGACCAAGAUGAGCGCCAGUGACGCCAAUUCGUCGAUCUUUCUCACCGACACAGCCAAACAGAUCAAGAACAAAAUCAACAAGUAUGCAUUUUCGGGAGGGAAAGACACGAUUGAGGAACACCGAAAGUAUGGCGGCAAUGUAGACGUGGACGUCUCCUUCAUGUAUUUGACCUUCUUCCUGGAAGAUGACCAGAAACUACAAAAAAUAAGAGAGGACUACUCAAGCGGCGCACUCUUGACCGGAGAACUGAAGAAGAUCUUGAUCGAAACCCUGCAGCCAAUCAUAGCUGAGCAUCAGGAGCGACGCAAGCAAAUUACGGACGAGGCAGUCAAGCAGUUCAUGACACCCCGGCGUUUGAAUUUUAACCACUAACUCGCUUAAUGAAAGAACAAAAAUAUAUAUAUCUUGAUCAAAACUCAUGUCAUUAUUCCGGGGAAGGAAGGGUUUCUAUUGGGACUUGGGAAGAUAUUGUCAAUGACUCUAUGGAAGACAUGUCUGCACUGUAUCUUCAUGUUUGAUAAUUGACUGCUAUUGACACUGAUAGGUGUCCAAUACAAUUGAACUAGGAGGUCUGGAACUAUCGCUGUCACUUAUACAGUGUAUCACAAAAGUGAGUACACCCCUCGCAUUCCUGCAGAUAUUUGCGUAUGUCUUUUCACGGGACAACACUGACAAAAUGACACUUUGACACAAUGAAAAGUAGUCUGUUUGCAGCUUAUAUAAUAGAGUUAAUUUAUU